CCCUUUUCAAACCGCAUGUUUCGCAAAGCAUAGACGGAUCAGGUCUUAGCGACGAAUAUACCAUCAGACUAUGUCGCCUUCGUCAUCUUUAUUCGUAUCCAGGGCUUCCGCCAUGGCCUCAUGGCUAUGGUUACUCACGCUAACCAUGGUCCAGGUGGCUCUCUGUGAGGGUGAUCAGGAACGACUGCAUCCUCAUCGGCAUCUUCAUAGACCUGGCGCGGAUACUCAGCCUCUCCUGGGAGUUGAACUCCAACCACGGCUUCUUGGAGACUCCUUAUUUGACAACAACCUUCCCGUGGUCUGCCGAACUGAGACAGUAUAUUCGACCACGUCAGUUCCUGUCUCGACCUCUCCUACGGCCUCACCUGUGUCAAGCCUCUUAGGCUUCGUGUCAGACGAGGUUGUCCCUGUCACCACUCGAACUGUGGACAGUGCCAUAGUCCAGAUACCAGCAACUUUAUCUGACAAGACACCGCAAACAACAGGUGUCGUGGUCAGCGAGCUCGAAACCGAAGGCCAAGUCACCUCGUGCCCGAUCAUAGAGGAUCCUAUCCCUUCUCCAACGACAACCAUACAGGUUGACUCCUCUUCGUUGGGGCAUGUGCUACCCGUUCCUGAAUAUCCUUCGGAGGAGCUCAAAAUGCCUUCGUCCGACAUCUUCGCAGAGCCCAUCUCCACAGCGCCACCCCCACCUCAGUUCGAGGUUCGCAAUGACCAUCCCGCCGAGAAGAAAGGGGUCAUAUCCCAACCACCCAUCCAAACGAAUAAGUUCUUCGGCAAUUUUCUCGUCGGAGAUCAGUCAGCACCGACGUACAUCAAUCCGUACUCCAUAGCCUGGGCUGCAGGGAGAGGGCCUGCCGGAAGCCAUGGCAUGGCCAUCUCGCACAUCGAGGCAGACCAGAGGGUUUAUGGUCCGACAAAGCCAACCGGUGCCUCUUCGUAUUUCAUCAACCCCAUUGGUAUCCAGUCUAUCAUUGUCAGUGCCAAAGAGCUCGGUAGCGAGGCGACGCUGGCGACCGACAAUAUAACGGCCUUUUCCGCACGAGUUCAUCUCCGGCCUCGUAGCAACUCAAGUCCGGCUGUGUCGUUUCCGCUUGUGCAGGGCAUGGCCUUCGUCACUGCCCAGUAUGCCGGGGCGACGCCGGUCAUCCAAACAGGUGUCUUCUUCCGCAACGUCACCCGUGUGAUGUGGGACCCCAAACCGGGCGUUGUUAAGUUCAACUUCCACCUGGAAGACGGCAGAACAUGGCGUGUCUACUCCUAUGCGACUCGUGGUGACCCCCUGGAUCUGCAUGUUGUCAACAACGGAUACGCAGAGGCGCGGCGGCCCUUCUACGGCAUCAUUCAAGUCGCGAAGGACCCGGGCAACGGCGAGGGCCUUUAUGACGAGGCAGCAGGCGUUUUCCCCACCAACGUUGAGCUUACCGGGACCGCUAGCCACAACAUCGGCUCUUACACCUUCGACUUUGCCAAGGAAGGUCACCCCCAAGGCAGACUCCUCAUGUAUGCUCUGCCUCAUCAUGUCGAUUCUUUCGAUGACAAGACCAGAUCGGCUAUCUGCGACAUGAAGCUUCAGACCCCCACAAAAGGUAUGGCCACCGCCGUCAUGGCGGACCGAUGGACCAUGGUAGAGCGCAAGCUGCCGGUGGAUAUGAACUUUGCGCCCUGGGAUCCAGAACGCGGGACCCUUACGAAAAUGUCCGAUCAGGCGAGGGCUGCGGUGCGCAGGGUCGCAAUCCGGGAAGCGUCCCAGGACAUGGCGGAGCUGUCCGAUCUCGAUUCAAUGUACUUCAGCGGGAAGACACUGGCGAAGUUCGGUAUUCUGCUCGUUGCCAUCAAUGAUCUGCUCGGUGACAGGCAGUUGGCCCACGAAGCGCUUCCAAGACUGAAGUACGCUUUCGGUCGAUUUGCCGCCAAUCGACAGAAGCACCCUCUGGUAUACGAACGCGUCUGGGGCGGUCUCGUCUCGUCGGGCUCGUAUGUCACAGGAGACACUGGUGUGGAUUUUGGUAACACCAUGUACAACGACCAUCAUUUUCAUUAUGGUUACCACAUCCUCGCGGCUGCGGCCAUUGCCCAUAUGGAUCCGAGUUGGAUCCCCGAGAACAAGGCAUAUGUCGACUUGCUCAUUCGCGACUUUGCCAACCCGAGUGCCAAGGACAGAUAUUUCCCCCAAUGGCGGUCUUUCGAUUGGUAUCACGGGCACAGCUGGGCCCACGGUCUUUUCCCGUCUUUUGAUGGAAAGGACCAAGAGUCGAGCUCAGAGGACAUGAUGCAGGCGUACGCUGUUAAGAUGUGGGGUACAGUGACGGGCGAUGCCAAUAUGGCCAUGCGGGGCAAUCUUCAGUUGGCCGUGCUAGCGCGGUCCCUCAGGCACUACUAUCUUUACACCAUCGACAAUCAGGUCCAGCCAGAGCGCUUCGUCGGCAACAAGGUGGCGGGUAUCUUGUUCGAGAACAAGUGCGAUCACACUACGUACUUCGGAGCCAACAUCGAAUACAUCCAAGGCAUCCACAUGAUCCCGCUGUUGGCUCCGUCUCCUUUCAUCCGGUCGAAACGGUUCGUCGACGAGGAAUGGGACGUGUAUUUCAGCCAAGGCCGAGCGCACGACGUCGAAGGCGGCUGGAGAGGCAUCGUGUUUGGGAAUUUGGCGACGGUCAAUCCAACGGCUGCGUGGGAUUUCUUUAACCAGACUCACUUUGAUCCGGCGUGGAUAGACGGUGGUGCCAGUUUGACAUGGUACUUGACAUAUGCCGCAAUCAUGGGUGGGAUUUGACAGGGAAGGGGAGGAUAGGGCAUUAAUGUGGUGAGGAUAGCAUAGACGAGAGCAUUUUCUUUCCUUUCCUUUUCUUUCUCCCUCCGUUUUUGAAACAUGGGCGGCAUUCUGGUCUGUCAGACGCGAGAUACGAGUGUUCACCACUAUAUGCAGUGCGCGUGCCAUGGUUACCUACGAGGCCUAUCUGUUACUCGGUUGUUAGGUGCCAUGCCUGCCUUCCCCGAGAGCAACCGCAAUGGAAGGCCCCAAAGAGGCGUCGGGUAGACGAGAGCGGGGAUAGAUGAUUAUCAUACCUGGAGGAUAUCAACCUGUAUCUGUGCUAGACCUGGCUCUGCAAACGAUGUGUACCGAGAAACUAGAGCUACCGAAUAGAUACCUUAGAUAGCAUUGCUUCCUCCAAGUCGAAUCGGAAUAAGGCAGGGCAGUACGUUGUACGGAUAUCGAAGAGGUGACGCAUCACAGCCCACUCUUUCACACCAUCCC